AUGGCUGACUCCCAGCGUUGGUCAGCAGAAGACCGGCCGGAUUGCGCUGGAAUUGAAUACCAUGUUGGCGCCAAUCUGACUCCAAUAGUCGUCCCCAAGACCGCAGAGAACUUCCGUGCCCUCUGUACCGGAGAAAAGGGCGUGGGCAAGCAGGGGAAGCCAUUGAGCUUCAAGGGUUCGAUCUUCCACCGUGUCAUCAAACAGUUCAUGAUUCAGGGUGGUGACUUCACCGCAUUCAACGGAACUGGUGGUGAAUCCAUCUACGGCGAAAAGUUCCCCGACGAGAACUUCGAUCUCAAGCAUGACCGUCCCUUCCUCUUGUCCAUGGCCAACUCGGGCCCCGGCACCAACGGCAGCCAGUUCUUCAUUACCACUGUCCCGACCCCCCACCUCGAUGGCAAGCACGUUGUCUUCGGUGAGGUGAUCAAUGGCAAGAGCGUUGUGCGCAAGAUCGAGAACAUGCCCACCCAGGCCGACAAGCCCAUCACCGAUGUGACGAUCGCCGACUGCGGGGAGCUGACCGGCCAGGACUACGACGACGCCGACAAGCAGGUGCCUGAUGCGACCGGCGACCCCUACGAGGACUUCCCCGAUGACCACCAGGGCGAGGAGCUGAAUGCCCCCGUGUGCUACAAGAUCGCUGGGGAACUCAAGGGCUUUGGAAACGCGGCGUUCAAGAGCGGCGACCUGAACCUGGGUCUGGAGAAGUACCAGAAGGGACUGCGGUAUCUGAACGAGUUCCCUGGACCGGAUGAGAACGACCCCAAGGAGCUGGAGGGCCAGAUGAAGGCGCUCCGCUUCACCCUCCACUCCAACUCCGCCCUCCUCGCCAACAAGCUGGGCCAGUUCCGGAACGGACAGACCUGGGCUUCCUACGCGCUGGAAGUGGCCGCGGCCGCCAACGCCGGAGAUGCCGACAAGGCCAAGGCGCUCUACCGCCGCGCCGUCGCCAGCAGCGGCCUGAAGGAGGAAGACGAGGCGCUGAAGGAUCUGGAGGAAGCGUCCAAGCUGGCGCCCAAUGAUGCGGCGAUUGUCAACGAGAUUGCCCGGGUGAAGAAGGCCAUCAAGGACCGCGAGGCCAAGGAGCGCGCCGCGGCCCGGAAGUUCUUCUCAUAG